GAUGGACCUGCAAAUCUCAGUUCUUCUUCUGUUCGUCCUAUUUACUGGAGGACACUCUCUCAAAUGUUAUGACUGCAUAAGUCCGUUGAGUUCCUGUGACCAGAACAAACAGUGUUCCAGUGAAUUUACCAACUGCUUCAGUGCAACAGCUACUGUCAACAGUACUACAUUGAAGUUUAAAAGUUGUGCUCCGUCUGUCUGUCCAAGUGGAUCCAUCAACCUCGGCAUUGGAAGAGUCUCUGCUCAGUGCUGUAACACUGAUCUCUGUAACAACCAAGAUCCUCCAGAUCCCAGCAACACUCCCAAUGGAAAGAAAUGUUACUAUUGUGAUGGGAAUACCUGCUCAAACACAGUGAGCUGUUCAGGAACUGAAGACCGCUGCUUUAAUACAACAGUCUUUUCAUUUGACAUUAUUGGGGUCCAGACACAGGCUUUAAAAGGCUGUGUCUCUAAAUCUCUUUGUGAUGCCACACAACUGAUUCCUGGUGUAGAAAGUUUCUCAUGUUGUUCAGGGAACCUGUGUAACAGUGCUAAUGGUGUCACUCAGAGCUUCCUGUUCCUCUGCUGUUCUCUGCUCUCCUUCAUCCUGCUGCACUGAAUCCUGCAGAUCUACACAUUCUACAGCUGCAGCAAAUAUACAAUAUUGUGAGCUUUACAAACAUAAAGUUCUAAUUCUCUGAACUGUCUUUGAUUUGGUGUGAUGAAUUUAAAAUGAUAUACUACCAGUAAUUGAAAUAUAUUCAUCGUCUACACAAAUUUAAGGCUUUGAAAUGAAUUACUUUAUAUUCACUGAAUAUUUACUCGACUCAUAAAGCUUGUGUCACCUCUGUACUAUCUGUGAUUUGGUGUGAUAAAUUAAAAAAUGCGAACAAAAUCAGAUUUAUUGAAAUAAAUAUAUAGCCCUGUGUAUUUAAUGAAAUAAAAUCUAAAAAUCACCUUUUUUCACUAUAUUUUCUUGGUUUAUUUUCAAUAAAGCUUACAAUGCAUGCAUAAGACAUGACAUUUAUUCAUUUGUUCUAUUACUGUUAAUAAAAGGGCAUUAUUAUCUAUUAUACAUUAGUAAGAGGAUUACAGUGAUUUAUAAAGAGUUGUACUUCUUCCACACUACUGGCUGAUGAUAUGCUUUUAAUGGCUGAUCUCUUGAGAGCAGGGUCAGUGAUGGCUCAUAAACAUGAUUUAACUAGAUAAUGUUUAAUGAAAAACUUUCAUACUAAUGUGUCUGAAAGCUUGAAAUUUGAAGGUUUUACUCAGAAAUCGUAAAACGUCAAUCAGACUAUAUUAGACUACUUCAGGAGGACCAGAUAACAGGUUAUAACCCCAUGGAAGACUGUCAAAAGAUUUAUAAAACUGAUCUGAGAUCAGAUAAAAUUCAUGGAAACUGGGGUCGAUCUCAGAUGUUUAUGAUGAAUAUUAAUCACUGGGGGACUGUUAGGAGGCCAUGAUGGUCAGAGGCCAAUAGGGGAAUUCAGCCAGGAUGCCGAGGUCACACCUCUACUC